GGAAGUUUGAACUACACGUCUCACUCUCGCCGGAUUACAUUUGCAGCUGUUUUGUUUUGUUAGUUUGGUUUUUUUGGUUGGCUUUCUGGAAAUUGACUGUUACAUCAAAAGGUGGUGAUACGUUUUGGCUAUUAGCCAACCACGUGGAAUUUUUGGCGCCAUCCCAGAAGAAGAAGAAGAGAGAGAAAAAAAAAAAAAGGGGCCUCCGGACCGGAUUGGUUUAAAGAUACGCCCCAAUGGCACGUUAAGGAGUGUCAGCGUUCGCCUCGUUUCAAACCGCACCCAGAACGCGCGCGCCACAGAUUUCGAUUUGUUUUUGUUUUGAAAUCACGAAAAGGAUGAAAAUGAUGGCGGAUAUGGGAACCGCUAUUCGAUUGCUCGUGACGACCUUGACCAUGACGGCGAUGCUCGACUUAUCUUCGGCUAUUGAACAUCAUCAUCAUCAUCAUCAUCGAAGCGAUGAACAGCACGAUUUCCGUCAACCCAGUCAGCGAGAUUUGGAACAGUCGAUGGUUUGGUUUAACCACACCGGUGCCCGUACUUAUUCUUCAUUGGUGUUCGACGUGACGCGAGGUCAACUGAUCGUAGCCGCCAGGGAUUACCUGUUCCGUUUGAGCUUGGACGGACUGGCUCUACUGGAGGAGUCGCGCUGGCCGGCCGCCGACGAAGUUGUCCGUCUCUGUCAAGACAAGGGCCAGUCUGAGGACGACUGUCACAACUACAUCCGCGUUCUGCACGUUCACGGUGAGCGAGUUCUGGCGUGCGGGACCAACGCCUUCUCGCCGCGCUGCUCCUGGCGUCCGGUGGAGGCCAUCGACGUCGUCUCGGAAUGGUCAUCGGGCGUUGCCAGGUGUCCGUACAGUCCUCACAGUCGCAUCAGCAGUUUGCUGUCGACUGGACCGGGAGGUUCGGCCGAUUUGUAUAUCGGCUCACCGACGGAUUUCUCCGGCCAGGAUAACGCUAUCUACCGGCUGCCUUUGCCCACCACCGCUGGCGCUAGCGGCAGCACGUCCCACUCGCACAACAAGGGCCGCUUGAGGACGAUGCAAUACAACGCCAAGUGGCUGAACGUGCCCGAAUUCGUCGGCUCCGUCGAAGCCGAUCAUUUUGUUUACUUCUUUUUCCGCGAGGCGGCCGUCGAGUACAGCAAUUGCGGCAAGGCCGUUUAUUCGCGCGUGGCCAGGGUUUGCAAAAACGAUUGGGGCGGUGGCCAGCUGAUGCUGAAAGACACUUGGACGACGUUCUUGAAAGCGCGAUUGAACUGUUCGCUGCCGGCCGAAUACCCGUUUUACUACGACAACAUUCAGAGCGUCACUUACCUGGAAGAGGAACGCCUCUUUUACGCCACGUUCACCACUCCAGAGAAUUCAAUUGCCGGAUCGGCAGUAUGUUCUUUCACGCUCGACUCGAUGCAAGAGUCUUUCGCCGGCCCGUUCAGAUCGCAGUCGAGCCCGACGUCGACGUGGGAGAGCGUCCAUUCGAGCCACACGCAUUCGCAUUGCGAUUCGCAUCAUCAGAGCCAUUCGUCUUCGUUGCAUCCGAGCACGAGCAGCUCGCUAUUGGAAGCCGAAAAGUACCAGCUGAUGGAUCGCGCUGUCCAACCGGCGGCCAGGCACGGCAAGAACGGACUCGGCCCGCUCAUUCGGCUCGAUUUAGAACGUUUCAGCCACAUAGCUGUCGACGUGGUGGCCACCAAGAUCCACUCGUCCGUUCACGUUCUGUACGUGGCCAGCUCUCGAGACGGCCUCAUUCGCAAGUACUCUGUCUUGCCCAGGACGCAGGAAGCCUGUCUCGUCGAGAUCAUCGAUCCUUUCAAGUCGUCCAGCCAACUGGCCGACCGCCAGAUUAAAACGAUGCAAUACCUCAGACAGCAAAACGCCCUUUACAUUGGAACGGAGAACCAAGUGAUCCGGCUGGGCGCUAGCCAACGAUGCAGACGCUUCACCACCAAGAUGCAGUGCCUCAAUUCCAUGGAUCCUUAUUGCGGUUGGCAGUCGGUUCUCGAGGAGUGUUCGCCGCCGCCCAACAAGAAUCCGCUCGUCUCUUACUGGCAACAGAGCAUUACCAGCUGUCCCAUACUCAACGCUCCAGUCGAUGGCGGUUGGGGAGAAUGGAGCGAAUGGGCGCAGUGCGCGCACACCGGUGAUGGAGCCCAAGGAGAUCGCUGUUCGUGCCGCCAGCGCCAGUGCGAUCGACCGGCACCCGCGCACGGUGGCCAGCGAUGUCUGGGUCACGGUCACGAAGUGACCAACUGCACCCGACACGGAGGCUGGACCGAAUGGUCAGCUUGGUCGGCCUGCUCGCAGACUUGCGGCUUGGCCGUCAAGACCCGUCGCCGAUCGUGCGGUAAUCCGGAGCCGGCCUUUGGCGGCCGACUCUGCGUCGGUCCCGAUCGCGACGAGAUUUACUGUCCGAGCAAUCCGCCCUGCCCAGUCAAGAGUGUUCCACCUGUUGAUGGCCAAUGGUCCGACUGGGGCGACUGGAGCGAAUGUACCGCGUCGUGCGGUGGUGGAUUCCGCUCGCGGCUGAGGCGCUGCGACAGUCCGCCGCCGCAACACGGCGGAGCCGAUUGUUCCGGCUGCGGUGUAGAAUACGAAACGUGCAAUGUACACGCCUGCUCUGAAGCCAAAAAAGUCACCUCUUGGACGCCUUGGCUGCUGGCCAACGACACGGAUCUCGGCCGCAUCGAACGUCGAUUCCGUUUCUCUUGCAAAGCGCCUGUCGACAUGAACCUGCUCAAAGUCGGCGCCGUGAAACUUGAGGAGCGCAUCUGCCACAAGGACGACACCUGUAUCAGAACAGAUUCCGGCAAUACGGAAGGCGGUUGGUCUGAGUGGUCAGAUUGGACGGAAUGUUCUCGCCAGUGCGGAGGAGGACGGCAACAGCGGACGAGGACUUGCGAAGGACCGGGUUACCUGCGCUCGUCCGACUGCGACGGUCCCACUUUGAUGGAGCGCGUCUGCAAUCUGCAGCCAUGCAAAGGCGUCUGGAGUUGCUGGACCGACUGGUCGUCGUGUUCGGUCACGUGCGGACAAGGAACCCGCUCCCGUUCACGGACGUGCUCCGUUGAAGGCGGUGACGACCCUGCCGCCUUCAACGACUUGGACGUCGAAGGAUGCGUCGGUCCGUCCGAAAUGAAAGAAUAUUGCAAUAAUCCCAGUUGCGAACCGACGGAAGGAUGGGACGCUUGGUCGUCGUGGUCGCUGUGCGACGCGGACGGGAUGCAGAUGCGGAGGCGCAGAUGCCUGGUGGGCGAUCUUGGACAAGGCACCGCACCAGGAUUGUGCCAGGGGCGUAGCCAAGAAGAGCGUGUUUGCAUCACUAAUCUAGAAGACAACACGUUGGCGGUGGCUUCAUUGAACAGUUUCGAUCAAUCGCCGAAAGGAGUGAUUAUCGGCGCUGUUAUUGUGGGCAUCUUUGGCGGCUUGUUCCUGACGUUAGCCGUCCUGAUUGUGUGCCUGCGCGCAAAGGACGGCCAGCUGGAUCUCGGUCGAUUCGGCACCAUAGUAGGGGGCAGUAAGCCGCGGAUACCGUCCAGUCCGCAUUACUUGUCGGCCAAGCAGCAGAAUCACUACGUCUCUGUCGGGUCGCUCGACUGGAAAAAGACGAGCGGCAUCGAAGAUGUCGGUGGCGGUGGCGGCAACGGCAGUUUGAGCACGUUGGGCCGGGGACUGCGGCCGCCGCCGCUCAAGAUCAGCAACAGCAACGUCAGCGACUAUCCGACGGCCACCAUCAAGCGCAACAGUGGCGGCCACAAUCAGAUGAGAACCAACAUCGAAGCCGACAUAAUGUACCGUUGAUGUUUCAACGGGCAGACGUUGGCACUCUCUCGCUCUGUCUCUUUCUCUCAAUCUUUUCAAUCGAGGUGAUAUGACUUUUAUAAGAAAAUGGAAAACCUUUUGUUUUGUUUUUUUUUUUUUUUUUUUUUUUUUUUUUUUUUCGCAUUGAUUUUAAAAGUUUAAUUGAUUGAACGUCCAUUUCAUCGGUCGGUGUUGCUUUUAAAUUGUUUUCUUUUUUCAAAGCUAACCUCGUCAAAGAGUAUAACCAAGUCAGAUUAUUAACUUGACUCUAUUUUUUAUUUUUUAUUUUUUUAUCUUUUUAUAUCAUUGUGGGAUAAGUGUGUGUGCGUGAGUGAAUGUGUACGUACGUGGAUGUUCGACUCGAAUUUUUACCUGUACAUUUCAAAACUAUAUUUUAAUGACUUAUUAUGCAAUACUCUGACUGACAUCGUUUAUGUUGCGCUUGCGCUGUCUGUACAGAUUUUCAAAUUAUUUCGUGACAUAUGCCUUAAGCCGUUUAAGUGUCCUCUAAGACGGUUCAUAGCCAGCUCAAAACUUCAUCCAUUCGUAUCUGUUUGCUUUUUUUUUUUUUUUAAUGUACAAAAAACAAAAACAAAAGAAAAAUGGUUUAAAAAAAAAAAUUAUUAUUAUAGUUGUACACAUUAACCAUGUGCCGACAUUGAUCGUAGAUGGAAUAACCUACAUACCUGACUAAUCGCCUUAAUCGAAUAAAUUUUUAUUGUUUAUUGUUUAGUAUUAGCUAAUAUGAAACAGGAUUGAAUCAUCCAAAUAACCUCAAGACUAAAAAAAAACAACGACGUACGUUCGGGCUGAUUGUAAAGCUCGCGUACAAUUGGUUGAAACAAAGCUAUUUAAAGGCUAUAGAAAUCAACAACUUUUUCGACAAAAGUUUCGGUGAAUAUCAUGUGCCAUAAUCAUAUCGUGACAUUUAGUUUUACUUGAUAUACUUGACCUGCAAAAUGACGUAUCCAUCAAGUAUUGCGUGAAUCGUGUGUACGAUUGAUCCAUUUCGUUCUUCUCUUUGUUUUUAUGUGUGUUCCAUGUCGCUUGCCUUUGACGUCGUUGUGGAAAAUACAGCACAGUGCCCCCUCA